UGGUCAAAAAAGAUGUCUUAUGGUGUCGCCUUUGGUGAUCCUGAGGCCGACUGUCCCAGGGAAUAUUGGUUUGACGGAAGCGUGAAUAUGCAGGUGGCAGCCAAUGCGUUGGAGCGGCCAAUUGCUUGCUAUACGUCUGGUCCAUGGACGAAAAAUCAUCCGCCGUCGCUGACAUUGCCACACUCUGUACCUUCGGGCAAACGAUAUAGUCUCUUGCCGUUCGUCGUUUAUGCAUUUCGUGAAUGGGAACCAUUGGGAGCCGGUCUUGCUGCGAUCAUCUGUUAAAAUGCAAUGGUCCCCGAUAUCACAGCGACAUAAGCAGCUAUGGAACGAGAUCAACCCAGGUCACGAUCAAAAAACGUUUUGGAGGUACCUGCAUAUCAAGAAAGCAGUGGAUCAGGAUUCAACAGCAAGUAGCCUCGAAAAAAGAAGACAAGCGUCGCCCAUUCUGAUUUUGGAUGAGUCUGACUGCGAUAGUGAUAUCGGAGGCGAUCAUCAUGAUCACGGUGCAAUAGUAUGUCCCCAUUGUCUGACGCGUCUGCCUUCACCGCUACCUCCUGCUGUACAGGAGCAGUACGAUGAAUAUACCCAAAAAGAAGAGAAGCAUAAGAAACAAGAAGAACGCCGCAUAAAAGGACUCUCAACGUCUCGUCGCCGCCGCUUCGAUGAAGCACAGCUUGAAACCCAAACCAGUUCGCUUUUUUGAGCAAUACAACUUCUGCAGCGUUCAUAGGAAAGAAAUGUUGAUCAGACCAGAAGGAAUCGCCCAAGGUUACUCAGCUCAUAUCGAUUUUGCGACCUUGCCUUUGCGUGUCAUGAAUCAUGUACCGGUUAAUGCAAGAUAUCAUAGUCGGUAUAACCAAAAACAGAUCCAAAUCGAUGGAA